UCAGGUGCUUGUGGGAUGGAGCAGCCUUUCGGACUCCCAAAACAAGUUGGAACGUUCGCCUUUCCUUUAGGAGAUCUCGUUCAUCGCUGCUGCCCCAGAGUGUCAGGGGCACUUGGCAGAAUGGACAUGGCUUGUGUCGUGAAGCUCAAAGUGCUGGAGAGCCCUCUGGGGAAGAUAGAGCUGUCUGGCUGCGACCAGGGCCUGCACGGGAUAAGGCUCCUGAGCCCGGAGACCUCCUCUGACCCUGAGGAGGCCCCAGCAACUCCUGAGGUUCUCAGCGGCCCAGAGGAAACAUCGGAGCCCCUGAUGCAGUGCGCAGCCUGGCUGGAUGCCUAUUUCCACAAGCCCACAGCCAUCGAAGGGCUCCCCCUGCCUGCUCUGCACCAUCCCGUGUUCCAGAAAGAUUCAUUCACCAGACAGGUGUUAUGGAAGCUGCUGAAGGUUGUGAAAUUCGGAGAAAUGGUUUCUUACCAGCAAUUAGCAGCCCUGGCAGGCAACCCCAGAGCAGCCCGCGCCGUGGGAGGAGCCAUGAGAACCAAUCCUGUCCCCAUCCUCAUCCCGUGUCACAGAGUGGUCUGCAGCAGCGGAGCCUUGGGCAACUACUCUGGAGGACGGUCCGUGAAGGAGUGGCUUCUGGCCCACGAGGCUGUCCAGGCGGGGAAGCCAGCCUACUGGGUGUCGAGUCAAGGCGGGACCUGUCUCGGGGCAGCCGGUAGCACCAGUGGCUCCCAGCGUGCUGGCCGAAAUUGAGUGGUCUCCUCGGCGCUGUCAUAUCAGGCUCCACAGAUGCCCCGAGGUGGCCGUUGACAGAGGCAGCGGGACUCACACCACAUGGCCAUGUACUGCUGCAAGGACAAGCUCUGCAGAGGCGACAUGAAACGCGGCACGGCUUGCCUAGAGCCGCUGCGGCUCAAGGUUACGGCGCAGCUCGUGCAA